UUGGCCCAGCCUGGUCCAGUUCUCUCUCCCUCUCCUCCGCCCUGAAGCAAAGACCCAGGCCUGCUGAGCUCACUCUGCUCCUGCCACUUUGGCCAUCCUCAGCCACCACCACCUCAGUUCCCCUCAGGCUGGGAGAUCCAGGACCCAGGCACCAGAACACACGAGAGGGCUCCCUGUGACAGAUGGCGAUGGAGUACAAGAAAAUCCUCCUGCACAAGGGACUGAAGAUGCUCACUGAUUACCAGUUCCGAACAGUCAGGUGCUUACUGGCGGAUGAGUUACAGCUGACCUCCAAAAUGAGGGAAGACUCGGACAGAAUCAUGAUCGCAGAACGAAUGUUCUCCAAGUUCCCAGGUGCCGCAUCUGUGGACAAGCUCAUCGACACCCUCAAAGACGAUCCAGAGCUCAAGGAAUUUGUGGACUCCUUGAGAAAGGAGAAGCAAAACGUGAAAAGGAGACUCAGGACCGCAGGAGAGAGGGCAAGGAGCAGGCAGCAGGACGGAGCGGGGCCCUCGGCACCUCUGAGCAGCCCGGAUGGCCCAAGGCGACCCCAAGGAGCAGCGGAAGACUCUGUGGCCCAGAAAAGAAAACACAACACGGAAGGAGAAAAAGGUGUGAAAAAGAACAAGGGGGCCCAGAUGUCCAGCAAGGCCCCCUAUCCUGUUGGUGCCAGCCCUUCCAGAACCCAAACGGCCACCGGGAGCUUCUCACCAGACACCAAAAACUACCCAACAGCCACCCCGAUCUUCCAACUUGACAAGCCAAGUAUCCUGCCAACCAUGCCAAGCUCAGUGUCCAUGGCAUCCUCCACAUCCUUGACCGAGAGCCCGUCAGCUACAGCUAAGGUCGCUGAAGGCAGAAAAACCCCAUCCCAGGGCCCCGUGACCGUCCUGGUGCUGGAACGCAGCGAAGUCUUCAAUUUUAUGGAACAGGGUCAGGCCUUAAUGUUCCACGCCACAGUGGCCACAGCAAGUCAGUUCUACUGGGUGAAGGUCUUCGACGACACUCCGUGGCACCUAUUCACAGAGAACGCGGUUCUCACCAUCUCUGGUCACUCUAUGCGCAGAGGGACCCUGGAGGUCAGUAAGACCUCCAUAGUGUCUCCCACUAUUGCCCGGCUCAAGGUCCCAAAGAGCGUCAUGAAGAGGGCAUGCGAGCCUCCCAAGAUCGACGACCUGUGCAAAGCUGUGUCAGGGACACCCGUAUAUGGACGGUACAAGGUGGUCAAGAAAACACAGGACAUGAAGAACACCAUCUACGAGAUUAAGGAUAAGACAGGGAGCAUUGAAGUGGUAGGGAGUGGACAGUGGUGCGGGCUUCCCUGUGAGCCUGGGGACCAGCUGCAGCUCUUCUGCCUCCGAGUGAGCACUGUCAAAAAGAAGACGAGCCUGAUGUGCGAGAAACACAGCCUCAUCCAGGUGGUCCAGAGUUUGUAAACCAAGAGCCCAGGGUGCGGGACCAAGCGCAAUACUCCAGCGGAGAGGGCGUUUGUCUUGCAAGGGGCUCACCCGGGUUCUAUUCUCAUAUGAUCCCCUGAGCACCGCCAGGAGUGAUUACUCUGUGCAAAGCCAGGAGGAAACCCUGAUCAUCGCCAAAUAUGACUAAAAAGCAAAAAAAAAAAAAAAAACAAGAAAAAAAAGAACCCAGGGUUCCACGAUAAAGUCAACAUGCAGGUCCAGCUGAUGAUGUCACCCCACUAGGGCCACCAUGGUCCCUGAAAGACCAGAGCCUCCCUGUGUGUCCCAGGAGACAGCCAAUGCUCUGGGCAGUCUGCCUCCUGAUCACACUUUUUUUUAAAAAUAAAAGCCUUUC